AUGAUAAAACAGAAAGAGCUUAUAUAUUUUUUUCUUGAAGGUGCUGCAGAAGAAAAGAACGAUCAUCUAGCAGCUCGUUUAGUUAAAAGUGUUCAAAAUGCUCACCGUAUUGCUGGCUACCUGUAUAUUAUUGAAUUGGCUUAUUCAGUUGGUUUCAAAUAUCUUUCAUUUUAUGAACAUUUUCCGAGUGAUGGCAAAGUUACACCUGGAAUCGUAGAACGUGUAGAAAAUUUAUUUACCGAAUAUUUUUUAAAACAAAACGGUGAAGAUAUCCAACAUUGUAUAGCACUUGAUAUCGUAGAACGAUGUCGUGAUCUAAUAACAAGAAACAUUGAACAAUAUAAAUUAGGCUGUGGUGUGGUAUCAGAACCGAUAAGUUUCGCAACUAGAUAA